GUAGAACCAAUACCUGAGGAUAUGACUUUAGAAAAAGCUGUGUAUGAAGCCCAGCAAGCUAUUAAUUAUUUUUUUAAUAAUGAGUUUCAAAAGGCUAGAGAUAUUAUGGUUCCUUAUGCAAAUUCAAGCAUGUAUCAUAGCAUUGGAAAUGCUGUUUUCAGUUUUCUUGAGGCCAUACUGACUUUUGAGCAUAGACAUAUUAAAUUAGCUUCUGAAGCACUUAAAAAAUCAAUGACUGUGUGUGACAAGUAUCGAAAAAAAAAUUCUUUUGGAAAGUCUUUGGAAAAAAUGGUUAAAAAAAUUAAUUAUGAAAAUUAUUCCGAAGUUGAAGCACAUGCUGAACUUUGUUAUGCUGAAUCGUAUCUUCUUAAGGCUGUUUUAACUUUUAUGGAAGAUGAAACAUUGAGCAGUUUUAUAAAAGCUGGUCUUAAAAUACGUCUUUGUUACAGUUGUUACAGAGAAUGUCAUAAUAUUUUGGUAAAUCGGAAUUGGGAUAAUUCUUCAACUAAACCACAUUUUGAAAGUGGUGUACGAAUGGGGAUUGGCGCUUUUAAUUUGAUGAUAUCAUUACUUCCUUCUCGAGUGAUAAAACUUCUUGAGUUUAUUGGUUUUUCAGGGAAUAAAGUAAGAUUUUUAAGUUUAUAAAUGGCUAUAACGUAUUAAUUUUUAAUU